CGCCGAUCACUUAUGUUGCGGACGCCCGAACGGCAGGGAUGCCGACACAACCAAGAUCGACUCUCACCGAGUGAGGAUAGAUCUUAGAUCGUAGAAGCGAAGAUGUAUAGAUAUUGUGACGAUGUCAUACCCCCCACCUCCGCAUUUGGCACUACGCAAGAGACUAAACCUUCCUGUCAAAUGGACCACCGUCGAUACCACCAUACCCCGUCAUUGUCACUUCUCCAGAUGCUAGCGGGCCCUGGAGAUCGGCUGGGGAAGUACCCACAUCAUGCUGAUCCCACCGUGUCUCCCAUCUCCCCGUGGGAGAGACACUUCCAGAACUCUCUUCAGAGAGCACAUUCGCUCGACCUCGGGAAGCACUUUUAUAUCCUUAGUGAACGGCCCACGUGAAGAGAAUUUUCCGCUACCAGUCGACAUUUCUCUGGGCCUGGUAAUUUCAAACCGGAAUCGAUUCGUCCAUGAGAAGUGGGAGGAUCCCUGGUAAGUAUGAUUCCACUAUGCGCCCGGGACAUCCGUAUAAUAUUGCUAUGGCCGAUUCUUGGCCGGCAAAUUCCUCGCGAUGGAAGACUAGAUUCGGGUUGUCAUGCUGUUUACUGCAUAGAAGCGGCAUCAUGCUGUCACCGGAAGAGUUUCUUCAAUCUCAAUAGAAGCGCCCCAUUGGGUCAUGUUCCCACGACCCCGAUGUUACGCUGCGGCGGAAGGGCAAAAAUAAAAAAUUCCCGGGCAAGGCAAGGGCUCAGAUAGCAAUUUGUGUGCAAUUGUAUUUGGUUGAACGCCGCCUAGAAUCCGGUCGAAGCCGUGCUCUCAAUCCCGGGGUGGAAAAGCGGUAUAUAAAAGCCGAACUCCCAGGACCCUGAGCCAUCGACUUAUUGUUCCCGGUUUGAAACAUCGGCUCUUCACCAGAUCUAGCCUUAUCUCUGUUCGUCCCAAGAUUUUCGUUAUGCGUGUCUCCGUUCCUGUGUUGGCCCUGGCCUUUGGCUCCCUGGCCGCUGCCGCCCCCAACGCUGGGCGUCGAACUUGUGGCUCUGUACCACCUCCAGAAUUCUUUGAAGCGUCAGAAAAAGUCGCUGCUCUGGAAGAAAGCGGAGCGUUCGCCGAUUUGCAGGCCCCUAUUGAGGUCGAGACUUAUUUCCAUGUCGUCGCUUCGAGUAGAUCAGAGCGUGAUGGCUACAUCAGCGAUCAAAUGCUGUCCGACCAAAUCCGGGUCAUGAAUGAGGACUAUGCCCCUCACGGAGUUCAUUUCAACUUGCGAGAAACGACCAGAACGAUCAAUCCAAGCUGGGCUUCAGACGGAAAUGAGAUUGCCAUGAAGCGCUCUCUCCGCAAAGGAGGCUACGCUGCUCUUAAUGUUUACUUCUUGAAGGACCUUGGUGGAGCGUUGGGGUAUUGCUACUUCCCCACCAAUGCCGCUCCCGGCUCGACCACCUUCAUCCGUGAUGGAUGCUCCGUUCUGUCCUCUAGUGUUCCCGGUGGCAGCGGAGCCCCUUACGACCUGGGCAAAACAGCCACCCACGAGGUUGGCCACUGGAUGGGUCUCUUCCACACCUUCCAAGGUGGCUGCUCUGGACAGGGUGACUACGUCAGCGACACCCCACCCCAGCGCAGCCCAAGCUCUGGCUGCCCUGUUGGCCGUGAUUCGUGCCCCGGUGGUGGUGUUGACCCAAUCCACAACUACAUGGACUACUCUGUUGACUCCUGCAUGAACCAAUUCACCAGAGGCCAGGGUACUCGUAUGAGCUCUAUGUGGAGACAGUUCCGUGCCGGAAAAUAAUCCGUCAUGGUUGAGCCAGAUCGGAGCCCAGAAUCCAUUUGAU